GUGAGUUCCGAGUUGGCAAUAUCUCGACCUCAUGUUGCCAUUCCGAUUGGGUGGAGGCCGCGUAUGGCGACGGCUUUUCUCAUCAGCUGUGAUGAGCCAGGGCAAAUGCAAGGGUUUGACCCAUGAAGAGUGUUUGGCACAGAUGCCACAGUACUGCAGUUGGCUUCUGACGCAGCAAAAAUCCUUGGGCAAGGAAUAUGAUGACCUGAAAGAAUAUCUUCUAUCUCGAGCCAAGGCAGACCCGGCUCUUCAACAGGCCCUGGAAGCUGAGAAUGCCGCCAAUGCCGAAAUAUUUGCAGAUUUGCCCCCUGGAGGUGAUCGAGCUGUUGGCUUUGGAAAGUAUGAGGCUUUGACCUACGAGGAACUCUUGAAAGCUGACCCCAGGUAUUGCUCUUGGGUGAAGGAGCAGUACAAAACGGAUCUUCAGGAAGGUGAAGAGAUGAGCAUGGAUUUUCGAGCUUUUGGAGAGUAUCUUCAAGGAGUUCAGCUUUCCUCUUUUGGAACGAGGACGCGUACGUUUUCUCGGAGGGGCAAUCCUUCCUACGCGUCGAGAGCACCGAGCGCCAACGGAUCUUUGGCAGAUGGGAAAUGGCUCAUCAACUUUGGUAGGCACAAAGGAAGCACCUUCGCUGAGGUGUACGCCAAACACCCUGACUACUGCGAGUUCAUGGUGAACGAAAUCUUGGCAAAUGAAGAUGGCCAGGUGAAUGCUCAGUCCUGCAGCUUUGCGGUCUACAUCCUCCAUGCGUCCAUGCAAAGCGUGCAGGCACAGAAGGCCGAGCCGCCGAAGUAGGCCAGCUGGACUGGAGCUUGCGGCCGUUUGUGUGUACAAAGUCCAAGAGCUUUCACGGGGAUUGGGAAGGUAGGGCCGGAUAUCAAAAGCUCAAGGUACGUGUGUAGAGCAUUUGAGUUCGAAGAUGCAGAACGCAUUCGACACUCAUCCACAAACACACUAUUUGGUAUUCCAACCGGGUAUGUUUGCACCUUUGGACUGGCAAGUAGGUUGGUGGUGAUGAUUUGUCAAGGGAGCAUGAAUAGUCAGUCCCGGCAACUGAAGCUCCGCUUGACAGUUGCAAGUUUGAGCGGAGAUGAAAGGAUGAAAGGAUUCAAUUUACCACAUUGCGGAACAAGAAAGAAAGGAACGGUGAUGCACUCUGACUCUGGUGGCUCAUGGAUCAUGGAAGUGGAAGGUGGCGGCUGUCCUCUGGUGAGUCGAGGUGCAAAUUCCUGCGUAGACAUAUGUGGCUCCGAUAGUUUUUGACUGGAAUGGAUUGCGGGAAGUGCCCUGAAUCAAC